AUGGGGACCCCAACUCCCAUCACAGAGCACGCACAGUUACCAUGGAAACACAACAUUUGUGUGGCCCUGCUUCUAUUACUCCUGUUCUCACCCGAAGUCUGGGCCUCCUGUAACAUCCUGAGGUGUAACUCGGAUUUCGUCGCCGCCACACUGGACCUUGGAAACAGUGGUGGGGGAGCAGGGGGUGGGCUGAGCAGGGAAGCUGUUAACACCGGCUACUGCAGCGCCCUGCGUUCCUACGCUACAUGCACCAAGCGCACGGCAAGGGCCUGCCGGGGCGACCUGGCAUACCACUCAGCCGUCCAGGGUAUCGAAGACCUCCUUAUCCAGUAUCGCUGUCCACGAGCAGGGCCCACCGCCCAGCCCCGCCCACCUCCCCAAGCCCCUAUCUCAGGGAAUGCCUGCUUCUAUGAGAAGGGCUUCCUCACACGAGAGGGACGAGUGCCAGAAUACCUCUACUGCAGCGUGUUUGGUGACCCACACAUUCGAACUUUCAACGAUGAAUUUCAGACGUGUACUGUCCAGGGGGCAUGGCCCCUGAUAGACAAUGAGUACCUGUAUGUCCAGGUGACCAGCACACCUAUGAGGGGAGGAGCCUAUGCCACUGCACUUACUAAAAUCACCAUCAUCUUUAAGAACUGGCAGCAGUGCAUCGAGCAGCAGCUCUACCAGGCAGAGCUGGACGAUGUCCCGGCGGCCUUUGUCGAUGGCUCAGUGUGGAGCGGAGAGCAACGUGGCCAGCGUAGCCUCGUGGUUCGUUCUCAGAACCCUGGGCGUCACGUGGAAAUCCACGCCACUCAUAUCGGCACAGUGCUGGUGGUGCGACAGAGCGGCCGCUCUCUGGGCUUCUCAGUCCGCUCGCCCCGCACCAUCGUGGAGGCUUUUGGUCCUGAGCAGGACCUUCAGCUGUGUGUGUGGGGGUGUCCUGCCUCCCAACAACUCAACUUUCUCUCCCCACCACAUCCAUCCUCAUCCUCCUCUUCCUCAUUGUCCAGGCCCACUGGGCGCGCCCAGACCCAUUGUGCUGCCCUUCUCCCAACCCCAGAUAUCUAUUAUCAGGCAUGUGUGUUUGACCUGCUGGCUACAGGGGACUUGAACGCCAGCAUGGCAUCUGUAGCUGCUCUGGAGGAUGCCAAGAGAAUGAUGACUGACAGGGAAAGGAUUCACCUGCUGCUCGUGGCCUCAGCACUGCCACACAGUCCCCUGCCGACCCUGCUGGUACCCCUGGCUGCUCUCUGUGCUCUUAGCAUGAUAUGACGCAGAACACACUCCUAUCACA